AUGGAAAUCACAUUCAAACACAACACAUAUUUGGUCGACGGUAUUCCUGCCUGGGGAGCGGCAGCGUGGCUUCAACACACGACGGACUGGUGCGGCUUAUGCAGACACAAGCAAAUCUGGUGUUACACGUACUUCGUGGAGAAUCGACUCAUCAAAAUCGCUGAAGAGCUGAUUCGGAACAAAGACGUCAACUACAAAAAGCUUCUUCGGAUUGAAUGCAAUAAUAUGGUCGACGUCUUGAAGAGGAAUCAAAUUCACGGCAAAAUUCAAGUCGAAUACUGUGCAAAAGGCUUUAUCGUGCUGUUGGAAAAAGUUUUGGCAAUCGAAGGCGAUUUCGAGCUCAGCGACUAUUGCGCAUUUCUGCAACUCGAUUUGGACAGACACUACUAUGGCUUGCGCAAAUUGCUCAACUGCCCGAAGAUCAAGCAGCCAUGCUUGUACAGGGAGCUCUUGAUAAAAACGGAGCAGUUUUUGAAAGAUAACCGUGAAGAAAUCGAAGAAAAGCGGGCACUAGUUGCGAUGAAUCCGGAAAAACAGAAGGAGCGCCUGGAGUUGUUCGAGUCAUUUCGAGAAGACCCUUACGAAUUACUCAGAAACAUUCCGGAAACAAUAAAGUUCCAAGAAGAUGGCAAUGCUCAAUUAAAGCAAAACAAAGUGGAGGAGCAACAAAAGAAUGAGCCGAAAGUAGAGGGAAACGAAGAAAAGCAAGGAGUCAAUGAGCAGUGA